AGUAAACAAAGGUUCUGAUGCUUCUUUAAAAUUUUGUCUAUGCAGAAAACUGGUUUUCAAAUGGAUGGGACGUCUCGCAUCUCAACCAAAGGAAAAAUGAUCACUCAAGCAAAUUCUCUAGGAUUAUUUUCGGAAUAUACCGUCACAUCUGAAUAUAACGUCACAAAAGUUAAUCCUAGUGCUGAUCCCAAUAUGCUGUGUCUAGCAGGCUGCUGCCUUCCAACUGGCUAUGGAGCAGUCAUGAAUGCUGGAAAAGUGACCCCAGGAUCGACAUGUGCCAUUUGGGGUCUUGGAGGAGUUGGCAUGUGUGUAAUUAUGGGUUGCCGUGACAGUGGAGCCUCAAAAAUUAUUGGCGUCGACCCUAAUCCUAAAAAAUUUGAAUUAGCUAAGCAAUUUGGUGCAUCUGAUUUUGUGAACCCUAAAGAAGUAAAAAGUGUACCUGAAACUCUAGCUCAAAUGUGCAAAGAUGGAGUUGACUACUGUUUCGUCUCCGUUGGAAAUCUUUCGGCUAUGGAAGAAGCAUUUAAUUCAAGUCAUCCUCGUUGGGGAAAGACGGUUAUUAUCGGUCUGCAUGAUAAAGGAUCAAAAAUAAGAGUUGGAGUUUGGGAGUUGUUAUAUGGCAGACAAAUACUUGGGACAAUGUAUGGAUCUUACACUGCUGUUAGAGACGUCCCUUACCUCGUUGAAAAAGUAUUAGACGGAAAAAUACAGUUAGAAAAGUUGAUUUCUCAUCGUUUGCCUCUCCACCAAAUCAAUGAAGGCUUUGACUUAAUGAAGACUGGUGAAUCGUUAAGAGCAAUUAUUGAUUUUGACUUGAAAGCUUAGGUAGUGUGUUUCAAGUUGAGGAAUUCUUACUCGUAGAAGAGGAAUCAACAAGAAGAGAUUUUUGAAAUUGACUCACUCCUUUUUAUUUCGAUGUUUUGUAAAACAAUUCAUUUUAAUUUCAAAAUACAUUGAUAUUUUUCAAGCGCAAUUGUUUUUUGAAACAUAAUAUACAAACAUGUUUGAUGUGAUUAUAGCACGCAUAAUAAACAACUUGUUUUAAAAUUGUUGUUGUCAGUGAUGUUGUUUCACAAUUUUGUAGUGUAAUAAAAAUCAAUAUCACAAGAAAAAUA